UCGAUGUCCCUAGCUAAUAGGAAGGAUCUUGAAGGCAAGAAAAAUAAACGAAGAAAGAAAGCUCUCUCUCGCUGUGAAUCAAAUCGAAUUGAAGAUGCUGAGGGCAGCAACGAGGAGGCUCGCCUCUUGUCCGUCUGCGUGGAGGCUUCAACAGGCCACCUCCGCAGUCGCCGCUCGUCCUUUCACCGGCGGCGCCGAUUCUUCUGAUGGUCUCAGAUACACCUCCCCCUUCUCUCUCGCUUCUCACUUCCAUCUUCCCACUAGAGGUUUUGCUUCCGAGCCCCUCACCCCAAGAAGCGAAAGCAGUGUAAUUCCUGAUGUUCCACCAACAAUGGCAGCUAUUAAGAACCCCAGUUCUAAAAUAGUUUAUGAUGAAUACAACCACGAACGUUUUCCUCCAGGUGACCCUAGCAAGCGGGCAUUUGCCUACUUUGUCCUGACAGGUGGUAGGUUUGUGUAUGCAUCUCUUAUCCGCCUGCUUAUCCUCAAGUUUGUACUGAGCAUGUCAGCUAGUAAGGAUGUUCUUGCAAUGGCUUCUCUUGAGGUUGAUCUCUCCAGCAUCGAACCUGGCAGUACUGUAACUGUUAAGUGGCGUGGAAAGCCGGUCUUCAUCAGACGUCGAACUGAGGAGGAUAUCAAGGUGGCAAACAGUGUUGAUGUAGGAUCUCUUCGUGAUCCACAAGAGGAUGCAGCAAGGGUUAAGAAUCCAGAAUGGUUAAUUGUUGUCGGGGUCUGCACACACCUGGGUUGCAUUCCCUUGCCGAAUGCUGGUGAUUAUGGUGGAUGGUUCUGCCCUUGCCAUGGUUCCCAUUAUGAUGUCUCUGGCAGGAUUCGCAAGGGUCCAGCACCCUACAACCUGGAAGUGCCCACCUACAGUUUCUUGGAGGAGAACAAGUUGCUGAUCGGUUGAUAAUAGCAUUAUAUGUUCUCUUUGAGAUCUCAACAAGGAUUUUUAAUUUUAUUAGAUAAUGCCGAAGGUUUGUUGCAGAUUUUUGCUUCUGCUGCCCUGGACUUUCAGGGCAGUGUUAGUGUCGGUUUUGUAACUGGGAUAAUCGCAACUGCCGCCAGUUGAUAUUUCUCUUAACUUUGAAUAAUUUUCCCGGAUUUUCCGGAGAAUCGAAUAUCGAUACUCUUUGGACUU